AAACACGGACCUUUAUUUUGAAAACCCGAACAUAGAAUAUUCUACUUCCGGUAUCCCCUUGCCAUUUGAAGGCUGUAGCAGGCUGUGGCUUUCCAAGCAAAAUCAUACAUCUGUUAGUUCUUUAAAUAGGUUUUGCAGCUGAAAGGGAUGUUUCGUAGAAAGCUUACAGCUUUGGAAUAUCACAACCCAACUGGAUUUGACUGUAAAGAUGAAACUGAAUUCAGAAAUGUCAUAGUUUGGCUGGAAGAUCAAAAAAUCAGACACUACAAAAUUGAAGACCGAGGAAAUCUCAGGAAUAUUCCCAGCUCGGACUGGCCUAAAUAUUUUGAAAAGUACCUUCAGGAUGUGAACUGUCCAUUCAGCGCUCAGCAAAGACAGGAGACUGUUGACUGGCUGCUGGGUCUUGCUGUUCGUUUUGAGUAUGGAGACAAUGUGGAGAAAUAUCGAAACUGCAAACCUGUAACAGAGGCCAGUGAUGUUCAAAAGUCUGCAGACCCGUUAAUUAAUCUGGACAGUAACAAUCCAGAUUUUAAGGCUGGUGUCUUGGGACUUGCUAAUCUACUCAAAAUCCAGCGACAUGAUGACUAUUUGGUAAUGCUUAAAGCCAUUAGAAUCCUGAUACAGGACCGUCUGACCCCUGAUGCUAUUGCAAAGGCCAGUCAAGCAAAAGAGGGUUUACCAGUCGCUCUUGACAAGCAUAUUUUAGGAUUUGAUACCGGAGACGCAACUCUGAACGAAGCAGCCAGGGUUCUUCGCUUGCUUCACAUCGAGGAGCUCAGAGAGUUACAAACCAAGAUCAACGAGGCCAUCGUAGCAGUUCAGGCCAUCAUCGCCGACCCCAAGACAGAUCACCGCCUCGGAAAGGUGGGCAGAUAAAAACAUCUGCCUGGACCUUGCUGCAGACAUGCUCUGUGAAGUAUGCUUGUUUUCAUUAGCCACACCACAGGUAUUUUGUUUAAAUUUGAGACAUUUUUGUGGGAAUGCCAAACUGGACAGUUUUUUUUCUUCAUCAUUCAUUUGCUUUGCCCUGUAAAUAAAUAAAAAAUAAUAAUAAGUGCAGAUUUAUUACAAAAUGUAAUUUCAUUGUAGCCUUAUGUGGAGACACUAACCAAAUCUGCACUGGACUAUAUGUUUUUGUUGCUUAAUAAACUUUAAUGCAACGCA